AUGGAAAAAGAAAAUUUGGAAUUAGAAGAGCUUGAAUUAAAAGAGAAAUUAGAUGAAUCGAUUAAAAUUUGUAGAAGUAAAAGUGAAGAAUUGGUUAAUAAUUUAAAAUAUUGUUUAGAAAGUAGAGAUUUUGAAAAAUUUAAUGAUUUUUUCGAUCCAAAAGCAGUAUUAAAUCAUUGUAAUGAAGAGAUAAUUGGUAGAAAUUUAAUAAAGAAUUCUAUAAAUGACCUUUAUAUUGAUAAAGAAUUAAAACUUUACAAAGUAAGAACAUUGAUUGAUUCAAAUCAAAGACAUAUUGCAUGUGAAUGGGUCACAAGAAGAAGAGAUUUAAAUAGUGAUAACCAAUAUGACCAAGGUAUGGCAAGUUGGUAUUUAAAAUUAUCACCAAAUGAUUAUACCGUUAAAACAUGGUAUAUUUGGAUUGACAGAGUUUUCGAUGGUGAUAAAGUCGCAAAUUUACAAAUACCAAUACCAAAGGAAUCAGGCUGGAUACCAUGUCCCAUUCAGUAUUAUUCUCGUAAGGAGAUGUCUGAAUUCUUGCGUUUAAGAAGUCAAUCGUUUGAAGAGGAGGAUUUGGAUUUGUGGGGAUCAUACAUUCAUGAUGACAUUGUUGUACGUCCACCUUGGAAUGAACAGGUCAAUAAGAAUUGUUGUAUCGAAGGUGCAAAAGAGUUCUUUAACAAUUAUGAUUCUCCAUCCAUAUCGAAAAUGGAGUUACUCUAUGAUGAAACUAUUCCAAAUUGGUGUGUUUACAUUCAAAUCUUUUCAAGUACAAAUAAAAAAACUGGUAAAAAAGGUGAAGAUAUUGAUUUUGUUUUCAAUGAAAUUAUUGAUGGUAAAGUUCGUUAUUGGAGAUCUUAUUUCAAUGCAAAUUUUAAUAAAAUUUUUACUGAAAAUAAUUUUAACUUUUUCAUUGAAACUUUAUCAAAAUGUUCAAAAAAUCAAAAAAAUUUAGAAAAUCAAAAAAAAUUAAAUUCAUCAAAUAAUAACAAUAAUAAUAAUAAUAAUAAUAAUAAUAAUAUUAUUGGUAGUGGUAAAGAUUAA